UGGCGGGGAUGAUUUGCGGGGGCUGCCUAGUGCCGCCGUAGCUCUCGCUCACGCUCAAUAGGCCGGCGAAAGCUGGACCCAUCACCGUUGAUCGUGAUGAGGUUGUGUCAUCGGUGAGGAGGCGGAGCUCUGAGGUGCCGUGUGUGGAGCCGAGGAUGUUGUAAAUCUGUUGGCCCAUACUCUCUCCUCCGUCCACAGCAGAAGGAAGCUUCAGUGUCUGAAGGCCUGAAAGGCUCACAUGGACACCUUGCAAGCUGAAAAGAAGAGGAAUAGGUGGUAGGAUUCAUCCACACAAGCAACCUCGUACAAAUACAACCCUCCCCGGCUUUUACACACAGAACUUUGCCACUGAAGUAAAGGAAGGGACAUGAACAAACAACAUAAAAAAGCACCAAUGUUGCUGUUCUAAGGAAUAAAGACUAUGAAAUAUGUGCUACCAUUCUGGGUUAAAGGUGGUAGGAGCUUUAAUGAGCCACAGUUCACUGUUGGUGUUCUUCAGGCUGUCUGUCAGCAUGCUGCUGCAAGGUUUGUGUCUGAAUGCCACAAAGUCAUCAGGACAUUUGUACCUGCUGGUCCUCUUCUCUGCAACAACAAAAGGCAUUACAAUAAAAAAUUCAAGGACUCACAUUUGUAAUAUAGAAAGUACAUAUCUAAAACCUACUGCAUUGACUGACACUUUACGGUAAGUUAAAUUGCAUUGACUCGCAAUGACGUAACCACCAGUAUUUAGGCUCACUGUACUGUUAUACUCCCAAGUUCCUACGUGCUAUGCUAGCUACCGUAAGACAAAAAGUGUUGCGUGCUAACUUACCAGGUUCCUUUUGCUUUAACGAUAAUUCUUCCGUCGACUUGUCCGCUUCACCUUCGCUCGAUGAGGGCGACACAUCUCUACGCAUGUUUUUUUGUAGUGAAACAAUCGCCAUGUGUUGUAAUUGUUCACUUUUAAGCUCAGAAGCGUGGUUUUAGCGGACACAUGUGUGCACACUAGAAUCACCUACAACCUUUGGUUGCAUCACAUCCUGUCAGCCAUGUUUGUAGUCCGACAAGAGAAUACUACGUGUUGGCUUACGAGGUUGAGUCCAGUUAAAGAAAAUCCAUUGCCCACACUGCACCUCGCUACGUUACGUAAUGCCCCAGCGUUCGUCUCGAGAGCGGUUGACAGCCGUGAAGAGCAGGCCGAUGAGGGUAAACAAACCAGAAAUAAUCGUUCAAAUCUCGAAACUUUUGUCCCAGUCGGUAUCAGGAAUAUGUUUAUUGUUUUUACAAAACAGACUGAAGGUAGUUAAAUGAGAAAGUCGCCAGCAAAUAGUGAUUCUACACUUGUUUAAGAUAAUAGGUUAAGAUAGCUAACGUGCUAGCUAGCUAGCUAGCAAGCUAGCCAGCCAGCUGGCUAGUCGUCCAUCAUGUCGUCGCCCUCUUCCUCCUCCAGGCGCCAGUGGUGCUACUUGUGCGACCUGCCCAAGAUGCCCUGGACUGUGGUGUGGGACUUUAGCGAGGUGGUAUGUCGCGGCUGUGUCAACUACGAGGGCGCUAAUCAGAUAGAGUUCCUCAUAGCUAGCGCCAGGCAGCUCAAACGGACGCACGGGAUGCAGGACGGCAACGUGAGGUCGCCUGGUCCCUCUCCCAACAAGCACGCCUCGUCAGGCCGGGGAGAGGCAGCCACAGAAGGCGGCAGGCCGCACAGCGAACGCUUUGAGAGGGGAGGCCGCGGAGAGAGUACCGUGUCCGCUGCUCGAGUGCCGCCCAACGGGCUGCACCGUGACGGCCAACCGCCCCAAGAGGUGAACCGCCAGAGUCCAAGUGGAAGCCGGAGACCGAUGAUAGGAGCGGCAAUCCCUCCGAACUUAGUGACUCAGAGCAUUGCAGGGAUUCCCCAUGGGCUACUGGCGGGCAUGCCAGCGGGCCUGACAGCCAGGACCGCCCCCAUGAGCAGCCCGAUGAUCUUCCCCGCGCCGGUGCUGGCCGAGAUGAACCGCAGACAGCUGGGUAUUGGCAUGGGCAUCGCCCCCUUCAUCACGCCGGAGUUGGAACGGGAGCUGAGCUCCUCCCAGCCCAAGCCUCAGGGUCACACCGGCUCUGUCUCCAGCAGCAAGACCGCCGGCCUCCCCUCCUCGUCGUCCUCUGUGGCAGGGGGGGUUAGCCAGACUAGCCCCAAGCCUGCUUCAUCUCCGGCGAGGCAGCCGCGUCCCCUCGCCGCCAGGUCCGGAGGAGAGCCUCUGGCGUCCAGCAGCUCAUCAGAGGCCACUCCCACUGCCGCAGCUCUGCCCCAUAGUGGAGCCUCGGAGCUGGGAUCCACUUCCGCCAGCAGCAGCCUGACAGGAACCACUCUGUCCUGCACGCUUUGUCACGAGAGGCUGGAGGACACACACUUUGUCCAAUGUCCAUCUGUGCCAGGACACAGGUUCUGCUUCCCAUGCACGAGAGUGUACAUUCAGAGCAGGCGAGGCGAUGGCGAGGUCUACUGUCCCAGCGGCGAGCGCUGUCCGUUGGACAACUCGGCCAACAGCCCCCCUUGGGCCUUUAUGCAGGGGGAGGUGUCCACCAUUCUGGGCGCGGCCGUGGCGGGUGCCCCGCCGGCCGCUCCCCCAGUAGCCGGACCCGGACCCGGGGCUAGCGCCGCCAAUGGGGCCACAGCUCAGAGCGGUGACGUCACCGUCAAGAAGGAGAGGGAGACGUGAUGACUGUUUCCAUGGCAACCUGGACAAGGGCAGGCAGACCCACACUUUGGCAGACUUAGUUUAGUCACGUUGAGCGGACCUGACACACAUUCAUUGGACCCCCCCAACACACACACACAACAAUCAGGUAAAUACGAACCACAAAAUGUAAAAUGUUAAGUCAAAGUAACACACACACGUGUCACCUGCCAGCUGAAUGUAGAAGAAGAAAGUGUAUUUUUACUGCAAGGUCCGUCAGUGUGCUAUGGUCAGUCAUAGUAUGCAACAUUUAGAAGCUGUAAUUGAAAUGAUUGCACAUGGUUUCCUUACCUGACAAGUUGCUUUGUUUUGAAAGAAAGAAAGGUAAAAGUAGUUUUCUAGGCGCAGACUGCAGCAGUGAGUCAUGUUGCUGAACAAUCACAAGAAGAAUGUCCUCAUAGACCAACCAAAGCUAAAGCCUAUAUAUGUGUAUAAAAUCUAUUUAGCGCUAUAUCUGCUAGUUUACACUUAGUCGUCGUCAGAAAGUGCUGACGGGGCCUUUUUGGACCCCUCCGCCCCCUCCCUACUCCCCGCCAAUGUGAGUGGCGGGCGAGCGUGCGCAGACACAUCUUGUAACACAAGUGCCUUGUGCAGAAGUGUCCCGCCUCUUUGUGGGCGUUGCCACGGCGAUGACAAAUCUGUUCCUUUUUUUUUGCGUUUCUUGACUGCAGCUUCAUGUACAAACAGCCAAGCAGGAAUAAACAAAAUGGAAACUC